AUGCUGACAUGUCAUCAGAAAGGACUGAAGAAGGCCAUCACCCAGAAGGUUCUGAAGAAGGGCUCGCAGAAGCUUCAGGACAUUGCAUACUCAUACCCCGAGCGAAACAGGGUUAUGGGUAGCCCAGGCCACAACGACACAGUCAACUGGCUCAAGGCAGAGCUCGAGUCCCUGGACGGUUACUACGACGUCGAGCUCCAGGAGUUCUGGAGCUAUGUCAUGCUUAGCGGCGAGAUCAACAAGUUCGCCGUGGGCAACAACUCCAAUGUUACCGCCAGCAUAUUCGACUACUCUGCUUCUGGCAACGCGACGGCUUCCCUCGUUGCAGUUAAUGAUCUAGGUUGCGAAGCUUCCGAUUAUCCGGCCGCAGUUGCUGGUAACAUCGCUCUCAUUUCCCGUGGAUCCUGCGAGUUUGGUCUUAAAUCCGCUCUUGCUGGCAGCGCUGGUGCCGUCGGUGCCGUCAUUUACAACAACGUCGCUGGAAACCUUCAAGCCACGCUUGGUGCUCCACCGCGUCCGGAAGGCGAGUACGUAGCCAGCGUGGGUGUAAGCCUGGAGACUGGCAGUGCCUGGGUCGCGGCACUUGCAGGCGGCGCCAACUUGACCGCAACUCUGGAUGUUACCACCGACGUCAGGAACAUCUCCACUUACAACGUUUUGGCGACUACCAAGUGCGGUGACCACGACAACAGGCUCGCCGUCGGCGCUCACACCGACUCGGUUGUGGGUGGACCGGGUAUCAACGACGACGGAAGUGGUACGGUCGGCAUCUUGUCAGUUGCGAAGGCUCUUGCCAAGUACAGGGUCAACAACGCUGUUACGUUCGGUUUCUGGUCUGGCGAGGAGAGCGGUCUUUUGGGUUCGACAUACUACGUCGCAUCGCUCUCUGCGGCUGAGCAAGCCAAGAUCAGGGCGUACCUGAACUUCGACAUGAUCGCCUCGCCAAACUGGGUCAACCAAGUCUACGACGGUGAUGGCAGUGCCUUCAACAUCAGCGGUCCUGUCGGAAGCGCCGAGAUCGAAGAAUUCUUCGAGAACUACUUCGUCGAGGCUGGCCAAAACUACAGCGCAACCGAAUUCAAUGGUCGCUCAGAUUAUGGACCGUUCCUCGAUGCCGGCAUUGCUUCUGGAGGCACAACUACUGGUGCUGACGAGGUCAAGACGCCCCUCGAGGUAGAGAUGUACGGUGGUGUUGCUGGCGAGAUCCUGGACCAGUGCUACCACCAGGCUUGCGACAACUACGCCAACAUGGCCUGGGGUGCUUUUGAACUGCACGCCAAGGGCAUUGCUGCAUCUGUCGCCAAGUACGCUGCGUCGUGGGCUGGUUUCCCUGAGAAGCCUGCUGGUAACAGCACCAUGAAGAGGAGUGCCCCCAAGGCUCGCGAUACAGGGCUCCACCGUCACUUUGGACGUGGACGCAAGAUGCCUGUGAGCAUUUGAAUUGUAGUAUAAAUUCAUGUAUUCAAGUUGGCGGCCCACGUGUCGAGGAGUAUUGACGAAAACGUAAUAUCAAGCUACACCUCCUGUUCUCUUGUGCAAUGUCAUUGUUUUUGGUUCAGAGGAGAUCUUCGAGACCAAUUUCGCAUCGAGACUGAGGCGUGACGUUCAUGUAGG